GCUUUGGUGUUAUUUUUAUCCCAACAUUAAAUUCUGCUUCCAUUUUCUAUUCCCAACGUGAUUCUCUUCCAAUACAGCUAACAGGUUCAGCAUAAUAAGCACCGCCAUCAAAGUAACGUAGGCCGUCGAUGGCGGAGGCGGAGUCAUCGGAGGCAGCUGCAACGGCGGUGGCAGAUAAGCAUAGUAAGCCUCGGCGGCUGAAAGGACACAAGGACUGCACUACCUCCUGUAUUGCCUCACGUGACAGGCCACGUGUCAUCGUCACCUCCGGCGAGGAUGGUCGUGUUUGCUGGUUUGACAUGCGGUGCAAAGAUGUGGCGAGACUGGUUAUGGAUGUUAGCGUGGAACCCGUCACUUCCUUGUGUUUCAAGACUGGGAAUGAAGAUAUGAUUUAUGCCUCCUCAGGAACAGAAAUCAAGUGUUUUGAUGUGCGUCUGAUUAUAAUUAUAACAAAGAGGAGAUAAACAAGGUUGUAUGCAACUUGAAAUCCUCAUUUCUUGCUGCAGCUGAUGAUAGUGGUGAGGUGAAGAUUAUUGACAUUCGCCAGCCAUGCCUCUAUAAAACUCUACGAGCUGGUCAUACAUCUAUAUGUAACACGGUGCAAUUUCUUCCUUGGAGAUCGUAUGAAGUAAUUAGUGGAGGUCUUGAUUCUUUGCUAUUGAUUUGGGACUUCUCCAAAGGGCGAUCACACAAAGUUGUGGAUUUUGGUUCACUUGAGGCAAACAGUAGCAACACUGGCCAGUGUGUCAAUCCUGCUUUUGUUUAUGCAAUAGCUGUUCCAGAAGUUGACAUGCUAGAUAAAUCAGAUAAGAUCUGUGCUGUUGCAAGGGGAGAUGGAGUUGUUAGUGUGAUUAAUAUUGAGUCUGAAAUUGCUGCUAAUAGGUCAAAGAGCUCGUCAAAUUCACGAAAAGGAUCUCAAUCAAGAUCAAAGGAUGGUACCAGUUCAAGUAGUAAUGUGGAUGCAGGUCAAAACGGAAAUAGGAGGUUGCAUUUGGAUUACACUUUGGGUGGCCAUACUGCAGCUGUUUCUUGCCUGGAAUUUUCGUUGUUUGGGGAAAGAGGGAAGUUCAUAAUAUCCGGAGGAAAUGAUCAGUUGGUGAAGGUAUGGAAUUGGUCCAGUUAUCGUGAUUCUGGAAUAGGCGACAACAAUGAUAUCCUACACUCUACCAUCAAUGUAGGCCAUAAAGUCAAUUCACUGUGUACCGUCCCAGCAGAUACAGACAACCUUGUCGUGUGUGACACAUCUAAAUCAGUAAAGGUCUAUUCCGUAACUUAUUUUUCAUGCUACUUGUCAACUUUUUUCAUAACUGGAAAAAUGACCGAGUCUGGUGUUCCCCUAUGCAACAUUUGUGGGGAACAAGUGGGGCUUAAUGAUAAUGGGGAAGUGUUUGUGGCUUGUCAUCACUGCGCUGUCCCAAUUUGCAAGGAUUGUUUUCAGCAUGAAAUCAAUGAGGGUCAUACGGCUUGCUUGAGCUGUGGUGUUCCUUAUCAAGCAAGAACAAACGGCAAUGAUGAUGAUAUUCUGGAUGAAGAUGAUGAUGUUAUAAUGGUUUCUGAAGAUCACUCCGUAAUGGCUUCCCAGCCCAGUAGUUCUCAGGAUGUUGGACUCCAUGCUAGACACCUCAGUUCAGUCUCUGCCGUGGAUAAUGAAGUAAAUGAUGAAUCUGGCAAGUCAAGCUGGAAAAGCAGAUUGAAAAGCUGGAAGGGAAAGGAUAAAAAGAGCAAGAAGAAAAAGGCUGCACCUAAGGAUGAAAAUCAGGCCCCAAUUCCACCACAACAGCAUAUGGAAGAUAAACGGCCAACAGAGGGAGAUGCUGCUGCUGUGGCUGCGCCACUUUCAGUACUGAUUCCAAUAUCAAAAUCCAAACUGGCACCAUACAGAAUUGUGAUAAUCAUGCGACUCAUAAUCUUGGGUCUUUUCUUUCAUUAUAGGGUUACAAAUCCUGUUGAAAGUGCUUUUCCUCUGUGGCUGACAUCUAUCAUCUGUGAGAUCUGGUUUGCAUUUUCCUGGGUGUUAGACCAGUUCCCAAAAUGGUGUCCGGUCAAUAGGCAAACUUUUAUUGACAACCUGUCUGCAAGGUUUGAAAGAGAGGGUGAACCCUGCCAGCUUGCUGCUGUUGAUUUCUUUGUCAGUACAGUGGAUCCUCUGAAGGAACCACCAUUGAUCACAGCUAAUACAGUGCUUUCUAUCCUUGCCAUCGACUACCCUGUAGAUAAAGUGUCCUGUUAUGUAUCAGAUGAUGGCGCGUCCAUGCUCACGUUUGAGUCGCUGGUGGAGACAGCUGACUUUGCAAGAAAGUGGGUGCCAUUUUGCAAGAAGUUUUCCAUUGAACCACGUGCACCUGAAUAUUACUUCUCUCAGAAGAUUGACUACCUCAAAGACAAAGUGCAGCCUUCUUUUGUGAAGGAACGUAGAGCAAUUAAGAGAGAGUAUGAAGAGUAUAAAGUACGGGUCAAUGCUAUGGUAGCAAAGGCUCAGAAAAUCCCCGAAGAAGGGUGGACUAUGCAAGAUGGAACACCUUGGCCGGGAAAUAACUCUCGUGAUCAUCCUGGCAUGAUUCAGGUUUUCCUUGGACGCAGCGGUGCUCAUGACACUGAAGGAAAUGAACUUCCUAGGCUAGUUUAUGUUUCCAGAGAGAAAAGACCAGGUUAUCAACACCACAAGAAAGCUGGUGCUGAAAAUGCACUGGUGAGAGUAUCUGCAGUUCUCACAAAUGCUCCUUUCAUUCUCAAUCUUGACUGUGAUCACUAUGUUAACAACAGCAAAGCAGUUCGGGAAGCAAUGUGUUUUCUCAUGGACCCAGAAGUUGGUAGAGACGUGUGUUAUGUGCAGUUCCCCCAAAGAUUUGAUGGUAUUGAUCGUAGUGAUCGAUAUGCCAAUCGCAAUACAGUUUUCUUUGAUGUUAAUAUGAAAGGACUUGAUGGCAUUCAAGGACCAGUGUAUGUGGGGACUGGAUGUGUUUUCAACCGGCAAGCGCUUUAUGGCUAUAGCCCACCAUCCAUGCCGAACUUACCAUCUUCAUCAUGCUGUUGCUGCCCAUCAAAGUCCAACAAAGAUGUCUCUGAUAUUUGUAGAGAUGCAAAGAGGGCAGAAAUUAGCGCUGCCCUUUGUAAUCUCAAGGAGAUGGACAAUUAUAAUGAGGAUGAGAGGUCAGUGCUGCUUUCACAAACAGGUCUUGAGAAAACUUUUGGCUUGUCUACUGUUUUCAUUGGAUCAACACUAAUGGAGAAUGGUGGGGUUCCUGAAUCUGCGGAUCCUGCCAUGCUGAUCAAGGAGGCAAUUCAUGUUAUUAGCUGUGGAUAUGAAGAGAAGACUGACUGGGGAAAAGAGCUUGGAUGGAUCUAUGGCUCAGUGACAGAGGAUAUCUUAACAGGGUUCAAGAUGCAAUGCAGAGGAUGGAGGUCAAUAUACUGCAUGCCCUUGAGGCCUGCAUUCAAAGGGUCAGCACCUAUCAACUUGUCUGAUAGGUUGCACCAAGUCCUUCGUUGGGCACUUGGAUCAAUUGAAAUUUUCCUAAGCAGGCACUGUCCCCUCUGGUAUGGAUGCGCCGGUGGCCGUCUCAAAUGGCUGCAGAGAAUGGCAUAUAUCAACACCAUUGUCUAUCCAUUCACAUCCCUUCCUCUCAUUGCUUAUUGUACUUUGCCAGCAAUUUGUCUUCUCACUGGAAAAUUCAUCAUACCAACGCUUUCGAAUGUUGCAAGUGUUCUGUUUCUUGGCCUUUUCCUGUCCAUUAUAGUGACAAGUGUGCUGGAGCUGCGUUGGAGCGGUGUUACCAUUGAAGAUUUGUGGCGAAACGAGCAGUUCUGGGUGAUAGGAGGUGUUUCAGCACAUCUGUUUGCAGUGUUCCAAGGACUACUUAAGAUGCUGGCUGGUGUUGAUACCAACUUCACAGUGACAGCAAAGGCUGCUGAGGACACAGAGUUUGGAGAACUCUACAUAGUGAAGUGGACUACACUCUUGAUUCCUCCAACAACACUUAUCAUAAUCAACAUGGUUGGUGUUGUUGCUGGAUUCUCUGAUGCACUCAAUGGAGGCUAUGAGUCUUGGGGACCACUCUUUGGGAAGGUGUUCUUUGCCUUCUGGGUGAUUUUCCAUUUGUAUCCAUUCCUAAAGGGUCUCAUGGGUCGCCAAAACCGCACUCCAACCAUUGUUGUGCUCUGGUCAGUCUUGCUGGCCUCUGUCUUCUCUCUAAUUUGGGUUAAGAUCAAUCCAUUUGUCAACAAAAUUGACGAUGCUACCUUAGCUGAUACCUGUGUUGCUAUUGAUUGUUAACAAGCCACUACAAGCAAGAAUUGUUAUCAUUAUACUAUGCUUUUUGGGUGGUUUGGGCCCUCAAAAUUAGUCCAUGCUUACUAAUAGCUAAAAGGUUUGAAACACAGAUUCAAAAGUGUAAAGUUAGUUGCACAAUAAUCUCAACUUAGACUUGGUUUAACUGUUGAUACAAUGAUAUGAUGUGCUGUAUUGAAUUUGAUGGA